CUCAGUAUUUGUAACGCAAAAAGCUUAAGCUUUCUCACUUUCACCAUUUUUCGAUUCAAAUCCUUCGUUUCAGUUUUAUAUGAAAGUUUAGUUCAUUGUACAAACAACGUAAAAAUGUCCGGUUUAUCUCUCGCCGUGGCUCCAAGGAGUGAGCCAGAUCACACCAUAGCACCUGGGGAAAAACCCGAGCACAAACCACCUCGCCAGCAGCGGCAGCAGCAGCAACAGCAACAAUCCGGGGUAGGCAGUAUAAUGGGAUCAUUACGUGUGAUCGAGCUCCAACUAGUAGUUUUCAUUAUGGUUUUUUCGAUUAGUGGCCUUGUCCCUCUCCUUGAUUUAGUCUUCCCAGCUAUUGCCUCCGCUUAUAUUAUUGCCCUUUCGCGUUUCGCCUUCCCAUCCAACGGUCAUGUAUCGACUGCCUCGCAGGAGAUUUUCCAAGGCAGCAAACUGUUUAGGCUCUAUGUGAUCCUUGGAACUGCGGUAGGUCUUUUUUUGCCGCUCGCGUAUGUCUUGGGCGGCUUCGCAAGGGGCGACAACCAUGACGUUCGAUCGGCUACACCGCACUUGUUCUUGCUUUCUUUCCAAAUACUAACAGAAAACGUGAUAGGCGGGCUGUCUUUAUUUUCGCCACCGGUGAGGGCACUCGUCCCGUUACUAUAUACGGUUCGGAGAAUCUUCGUUCUCGUUGACUGGAUACAUGAUGUUUGGCUCAACAAAACACUGCCUGUUAAUGCACAACUGAAGGAUAUCGUAUGGCAUUGGUUGGGGAAGUGCUUGGCGGCUGCGAACCUAUUGUACUUCUCUAUCAACCUCUUUUUCUUUUUGAUUCCGCGAUUCCUUCCUCGAGCAUUCGAGAGGUAUUUUAAGGAGAGGGAUGAAAUACGCUGCAAGAUGUCGGAGGAUAAACGUCCUAUAAUGGCGAACAAGUCUCUAGCAACAAACAAGAAAGACGAUUGAUUCUCAAUUUCGGUCUCGGUAUCUUGUGUUCAUUGUUGUUCACACACCACUUGAAGAAGCAUUGCAGUGUGUUAAAAACAGUUAGUGAUUUCUUCUUUUUGCCUGAUGAUGCCAUUUGACAUUUGUUCUAUUUUUAUUACAUUUUUGACAAUGACAAUUUUGGAUUCAUUUUCUACAUUAUUUGCUUGCCAACUUUGAAUUUUAAACAAAUA